AUGAAUUGGUUUGGAAGUUAUUUCUCUGAGUGUCCCGAGAAUGUCUCUUUACUCAACACUCAGUCACCUCUGUUACUUUCAUUCAUAUCAUCUGAAGAUGAACCACAUUUUAUUACCAACUUGAGGUAGGGAGUAGGGCAUCUUCCUGCCCAUGCUGUGGUGAAGCAGCCUGUCCGGGGAGCCAGGGCCAGGACCACCAUCACUGCAAUUGUUCAGAGAAGCGGGGACUGGAGCACCGGCCUCUUCAGUGUCUGCAGAGAUAAGAAAAUUUGUUUUUGUGGUCUGUUCUGUCCGAUAUGUCUUGAGUGUGACAUCGCCAGGCAUUAUGAAGAGUGUCUUUGUUGGCCAUUGUUACCUGGGUCCUCUUUUGCACUAAGAAUUGGCACCAGAGAGAGACAUAAAAUACGGGGUACACUGUGUGAGGACUGGCUGGCGGUACACUGCUGCUGGCCUUUUUCCAUCUGCCAGGUGGCCCGGGAACUCAAGAUGAGGACCUCUCAAUUCUACAGAAUCCAGGAAGUUCCUUCAACUAAGGAUGCCCUGGUAUGA